UAAAUCACAAUUCUAGGGUUCUUCCUCUUAGGUCAAUUCAAAUCGGAUCGCGAGAUUUUCACCACAUCCGAUCUGAACUUAGAAAGAUGUCUCAGAACGGGAAGCUGAUCCCACCAAAUAUGGAUCAGAACAGUACGAGGCUCCUCAAUCUCACAGUUCUCCAGCGAAUCGAUCCUUUCAUCGAGGAGAUCCUUAUCACAGCAGCUCAUGUCACCUUCUAUGAAUUCAACAUUGAGAUUAGUCAAUGGAGUCGUAAGGAUGUUGAAGGGUCUUUGUUUGUUGUCAAAAGAAAUAAACAGCAACCUCGGUUUCAGUUUAUUGUAAUGAAUCGUAGGAACACAGAUAAUCUGGUGGAAGAUCUCCUGGGAGAUUUCGAGUAUGAAGUCCAAGGUCCAUAUUUGCUUUACCGUAACGCAUCUCAAGAAGUAAAUGGCAUUUGGUUCUACAAUGAACGUGAAUGUGAGGAGGUUGCACGUCUUUUCGACAGAUUACUUAGCGCAUAUUCCAAGGCAAACCAGAAGCCAAGUACGUCAUCUUCGAAAAGCGAGUUUAGGGAAUUGGAAGCUGUGCCUACAAUUGCAGCUAUGGAUGGUCCUCUUGAACCAUCUUCAACUGCUAGGGAUGCCCCUAAUGAUCCUGCUUUUGUCAACUUCUUCAGCUCAGCGAUGACUCUUGGUAACGGGUCUGCAAGUGGACCACCAUAUCAAUCAUCAGCAACUCCUCUACAACCUCAUCAACCCACCAUUGCGCCUCCUGCACCUCUGCAAUCCUCCUCUCCUAUUAUGUCUCACUUUGAGAACAACCCUGAUCUUAUCAGCAGCAACAACUCCAACGUUCACACGGAUCUGGUGACGCCGUCCUCGUUCUUUCCGCCCCCACGGACGAUGACACAACCACACCUUGUUCCUGGUUCAUCUACUCCCACUGCGCCUCCUCUGAACUUUAAUGAUGCCUCUCACCAUCAGCGCCAGCAUGGUACUCCGAUGCUCCAGCCUUUCCCACCACCAACUCCACCACCAUCACUCGCUCCUUCACACAGUGUCCCAGUUAUCAACAGAGACAAAGUCAAAGAAGCCCUUUUGAAGCUAGUUCAGGAGAACGAAUUCAUCGACAUGGUGACCCGAGCUUUACAAAAUGCACAUCAACAAUGAAGCUGAGUAGGGUUGGGCAGUGGGAACAGUGGCGGUUUGGUGUAGAAUGUGUAGUUAAAACGUAGUUUAGUUCUCUUUGAUACAGUUAAACAAAGUCUUGUCAGAACCUCGAACAGGCGGUUAUAAAAGAUACUUUGCAUUGCUCCCUUGUUUUUAACU